CCGCUGGAGGGAGCCAGUGCUUUCCUCCCCAUGAGAGGCUCCAACCAGUCGAGCGUGUCCGAGUUCCUCCUCCUGGGGCUGUCCUCCCAGCCCCGGCAGCAGCAGCUCCUCUUCCUGCUCUUCCUGACCAUGUACCUGGCCACGGUGCUGGGGAACCUGCUCAUCCUCCUGGCCAUCAGUGUGGACGCCCGCCUGCACACCCCCAUGUACUUCUUCCUCGGCAACCUGUCCUUCGUGGACAUCUGCUUCACCUCCACCACCAUUCCCAAGAUGCUCACCAACCACCUCCUGGGCACCCAGAGCAUCUCCUUCGCCGGCUGUCUCUCGCAGAUGUACUUCCUCUUCAUGUUUGUGGACAUGGACAACUUCCUGCUGGCUGUCAUGGCCUAUGACCGCUAUGUUGCCAUCUGCCACCCCUUACACUAUUCAGUAAAGAUGACCCCUCAGCUCUGUGCCCUGCUGGUGGCUGGGUCGUGGAUCGUCGCCAACGUGGAUGUUCUCAUACAUACGCUGCUGAUGGCUCGGCUGUCCUUCUGUGGGGACAAUGUCAUCCCCCACUUCUUCUGUGAUGUCACCCCGCUCCUGAAACUCUCCUGCUCGGACACAUACAUCAACGAGAUGAUGAUUUUUAUCGAAGCCAGUCUGAUCACGCUUGCUCCAUUUAUUUGCAUCUUGGUGUCUUAUAUUCUUAUCACCUCUGCCAUCCUACGCGUCCCGUCCACGCAGGGCAGGUGGAAGGCCUUCUCCACCUGCAGCUCCCACCUGGCCGUUGUCGCCCUCUUCUACGGCACCAUCAUCUUUCUGUAUUUCAACCCUUCGUCCUCACAUGCAGCGGACUCGGACAUAGCAGCUGCUGUGAUGUUUACUGUGGUGACCCCCAUGCUGAACCCCUUUAUAUAUAGCCUGAGGAACAGGGACAUAAAAGGAGCUCUUGGCAAAGUAAUGGCUAUAAAAUUCUUUUUGGCUCAAAAAUGAAAUGGCCAAGAAAUCAUCACAGGAGCUGAUUUCAGUGAUGGUCUUACUGGCUUUUUCUAUUGUGUGAAACUGCAUUUGUCUUUUGUAAGGAACACCUAGCAUUUAUUAUUGAACAUUUAUUUAUUUGAAAGCCAAUUGAAUUUUAUUUUUAAAAUUUUUAUUUUCUCCCUACACUUUAUAUAAAAACUAUGAUUUAUAAAGUUGUUCAUAAAAAUUUGUUAUAGACAUUCAAUCCCACCACCAUUGCACCUUCCCGCCACCAAGUUUCCCAAUCACCUCUUAAGCCUGCCACCAUAGAAGACCCUCAGUAAUUUAUUUUAUAUUGCUUGUUAGAAUUUGCUAAAAAUUGAUCAAAAAUGUUUCAUCAGAAGUUAGUGCGCCAUUCAGCCCUUGUAUGAGAUUAUUAAGAUGUUGUUGCAGAUUAAGCCUUCUGUGUUGA